AAAUCACACCAAUUCCACCACGUGAUGGAAAUCCUCCGUUUCGGCGCUCCUUCGGCCCAGUCAUUUCUCGGCGGCGCCGCCGCCGUAAAAUCUUCCGACGGCCACCGCCGCCGGGCGUCAAGAAUUUCCGCGGUGGCGGCUCCUUCGGCGGCGAAGGAGGAGUCGCCGGUCAUCACACUUCCGGCGAACGCUUUAGGACACCACCCCAACGGUCUGAUUAUCGAUCUCAGCAACAGAUCAUCCGCCGCCGCCGCCGCCGCCACCCCCGACGGCGGCGCCGACGACGUUAUGACGGCGGAGAAGUACAUGAGGGAGAUUCUGCUGUCGAAUGUGUACAACGUGGCCGUUCGGACGCCAUUAACGAAAGCUGAGAAGCUGUCGAAAAGGGGAUACAAUUUGUAUCUCAAGAGAGAAGACACUCAGCCCGUGUUUUCGUUCAAGAUUCGAGGGGCUUAUAAUAUGAUCUCGAAGCUUCCACUGAAUGAGCUGCUUCAAACAGGUGUAAUAACGGCGUCGGCUGGGAAUCACGCACAAGGCGUCGCUAAAUCUGCCACUGAUUUGGGUGUCAAGUCCACCAUUUAUAUGCCUACCAAUACACCACAAAUUAAGAUGGACGCCGUAAGGGAUCUCGGAGGAGAAGUCGUACCUUGGGGAGAUUCUUUCGACGAAGCUCAGGCUAAGGCGAUUGAGGUCUCGGAAGCGGACAACAUACCGUUCAUUCCUCCGUUCGAUCAUCCCGACAUCAUCGCCGGCCAAGGGACCGUCGGAAUGGAAAUUAUUCAGCAAAUGAAGGACCCAAUCCACGCCAUAUUCGUGCCCAUUGGCGGCGGCGGCCUUUCAGCCGGCAUAGCUGUCUAUGUCAAGACACUAUUGCCGGAUGUUAAGGUCAUAGGAGUCGAGCCUUUCGACGCCAAUUCCAUGUCUUUGUCUCUCGAGGUCGGCCACCGUGUCGAGCUCGAGACUGUCGGGACUUUCGCCGACGGCGUCGCAGUCAAGCUCGUCGGCAAGGAGAAUUUCCGACUCUGCCAGGAACUGCUAGACGGGGUCGUUCUCGUCACCCGCGACGCCAUCGCCGGAGCCAUAAAGGACAUGUUCGAGGAGACGAGGUGCAUUUUGGAGCCGUCGGGAGCUCUGUCUAUCGCCGGAGCUGAUGCCUAUUGCCGAGCGCAUAAUCUGACGAACGUCAACGUCAUCGCUGUAACGAGCGGCGCAAACAUGAAUUUCGACACGCUGCGGCUGGUGGCGGAGAUUGCGAAUAUCGGUACAGGCCAAGAACAGCGUCUCAUGACGUCUCUUUCGGAGGAUCAAAAAAGCUUGAAGGAACUUGUCGACAUUUUGAGUGAUGUGAACAUUAGUGAAAUCAGCUACAGAUCCAAUGGAGGUUUGCCCCACAACGUAGUAACAUACAGUGUGGAUUCAAUGUCGGAAGAACAACUUUCCUACGUUAUUAACAACCUGAAGGCAAAGGAUAUGCCUACAAUGGUGAUUAAUGAUAACCAAUUUGCCAAAGAUCAUUUGAACAACGUAUAUGGGGGCGGGCAACUGCUCAAGAACGAGCAUAUCUUCAAGUUUGCUCUCCCCGAAAAACCGGGGGCGCUUAAGAAAAUGCUCGAUGGAUUUCCCCCGGGGUACAAUGUUACAUCACUAGACUUCCGAUCAAAGGGAGACUUCCAAGGAUUUGUGGCCGUGGGCGUCGAAGUUAAUGAAAAUGAGAAGGCGAAAUUGUACGAAAAGUUAAAGGAAACUGGGUACCCGGUUCAAGAUGAAAGCGACAACAUUGCUGUCAAGUUUGUGAAGGCAACGGGUGAUGCUGCUUCCGAGGUUGUAAAAGAAUCCGGCAAUGCUGUCUCCGGGGUUGUAAGAGAAUCCGGAAAAACAGCUACCAAGCUUUUAAAAGGAGCGGUGGGUUUGCUCCCGAAAUUAAGAUGGUGAUGAUGACGGGGCAACCUCGCUUACACGUGGCGUAGACUUGUCUAAUACAAUAAUAAUCCCAUGUUAUCCGAUGCUCGGGUGUGACCGAAUAAUUACUAUCCCGUCGUAUGUCUAAUAAUGUUGCAACUUCGAGAUUUGUAUAUGUUCUUUGGAGACAGCAGAAAACAUCAUUUUUGCUGUAGUACUUUGGACAUGUCCGAUGUUGUAAUGCUACCUAUUGUUACGAUGAUCUAAUGUAAUGAAUAAUUUCUCAAUA